AUGAGCGGACGGGCCCGCGUGAGAGCGCGCGGCAUCCGCGUCCACAGCCAGCACGCCCUGGAAGUCGGGCGCCCCCAGGCCUCCACAGAGUCUACAUCGGCUGAUCUUUCUCACAGCGACGCACCCUCUAGCAGUGGCUCCGUGGGAACAAGUAGGACUUCACAGAAAAGUAAGAGCGACUCUGCUGGUGAUGCUGGCCCUACCCUCCUGGGAAGAGAUGGGAGACUCAGGCGGGACCUCGUGGAUGCCAGUGUUUGUACCAGAGAGAAACUAGCACAUGUGAGAGACUGCAAAACAGGGUCUAGUGGAAUACCUGUGACACUGGUCACAAAUCUCUUUACUAUCGAUUUGCCCCAGGACUGGCAGCUAUACCAGUAUAAUGUGACAUACACUCCAAAUUUGGAAUCUAGAAAACUGAGAACUGCUUUGCUUUACGGUCAUCGUGAACUUUCUAGCAAAGCAAAAGUAUUCGAUGGUGCCAUCCUUUUUCUGUCACAAAAGCUAGAAGAAGAGGUGACUGAAUUGUUCAGUGAGACUCACAGAGGCGAGGCUGUGAAGAUGACUCUCAUGCUGACGGGGGCACUGCCGUCAAGUUCCCCUGUGUGCAUCCAGGUUUUCAGCAUCAUCUUCAAAAAGAUCUUGAAAAAGCUAUCCAUGUACCAAAUUGGACGGAACUACUUUGAUCCUAAAAAGCCGGUGGAGAUUCCCCAGCACAAAUUGUCCCUUUGGCCUGGGCUGGCCAUCUCUGUGUCCCACUGCGAAAGCAGACUGCUGUUCAGUGCCAAUGUGUGCUACAAAGUGCUCCGGAAUGAGACUGUUCUAGAAUUCAUGACUUCCCUCUAUCACAGCACCGGGGCGUCUGCCUUUACCCAGGCGUGUGAGAAAGCGCUGUUGGGACUCAUUGUCCUUACAAGAUACAAUAACAAAACCUACCGCAUUGAUGACAUUGACUGGUCUGUGAAGCCCACACACACCUUUCAGAAGCGGGACAGCAGUGAGAUCACUUACGUGGAUUACUACCAGCAGCAAUAUGAUAUUACUUUAUCUGACCUAAAUCAGCCUGUGCUUGUUAGUCUGUUGAAAAGCAAGAGGAAUGACAAUACUGAAGCUCGGAUUGUCCACCUGAUACCGGAACUCUGCUUUCUAACAGGGCUGACAAAGCAGGCAGUCUCGGACUUCCAGCUGAUGAAGGCUGUGUCUGAGGUGACUUGUCUCAGCCCUUUGGGCAGGCAGCAGCGGCUGGCCAGGCUUGCCGACGAUAUUCAAAGAAACAGGGAUGCACGCUUCGAGCUGGAGACCUGGGGACUGCACUUCGGACACCAGAUGUCGCUCACGGGCCGCGUGGCGCCUUCAGAGAAAGUGCUGAUGCAAGACCACGUGUGUCAACCAGGGUCUGCUGCUGAUUGGUCCAAGGAUAUUCGAGCUUGCAAGGUUUUGAGCGCACCGUCUUUGAACCAAUGGCUGCUUAUCUACAGCGGCAGAGAGGAAAAUAUCAACGAGAGCUUUCUGAGCUGCUUGAGAAGAGCUGGAAGUUCCAUGGGAUUUAAUGUGAACUACCCCAAAAUCGUAAAAGUACAAGAAAACCCAGCUGCAUUUCUAAGAGCUAUCCAGCAAUAUGUGCAUCCGGAUGUUCAGCUGGUGAUGUGCAUUCUGUCGUCUAACCAGAAGAGCUACUACGAUGUCAUUAAGAAGUACUUGAGCUCGGACUGCCCAAUGCCGAGCCAGUGCGUGCUCACCCGGACGCUGAAUAAGCAGGGGAUCAUGAUGAGUCUGGCCACCAAGAUUGCCAUGCAAGUCACCUGCAAACUGGGAGGCGAGCUGUGGGCCGUGGAGAUACCUUUAAAGUCCCUGAUGGUGGUCGGCAUUGAUGUCUGUAAGGAUGCUCAGAACAAAGGGAUAGUGGUGGUUGGAUGCGUGGCCAGCAUUAACCCCAGAAUUACCAGAUGGUAUUCCCGCUGUAUCCUUCAGAGAACCACGACUGAUGUUGCAGACUGCUUAAAAGUUUUCAUGACCGGCGCGCUCAACAAGUGGUACAAGCACAACCAUGAGGUGCCGGCACGGAUCAUUGUGUACCGCGACGGGGUCGGGGAUGGACAGCUGCGAACACUGAUUGACUACGAAGUACCCCAGCUGCUGAGCAGUGUGGCCGAAUCCAGCUCCAGUGCCAGCUCUAGACUCUCGGUGAUUGUGGUGAGGAAGAAGUGCAUACCACGGUUCUUUACAGAGAGGAACCACACUUUGCAGAACCCACCACUAGGCACUGUCGUGGAUUCAGAAGCAACCCGUCCUGCUUGGUAUGACUUCUACUUGAUCAGCCAGGUGGCCCAUCAGGGAACUGUCAAUCCCACCUACUAUAAUGUCAUUUAUGAUGACAACGGCUUGAAGCCAGACCAUAUGCAGAGACUUACAUUCAAACUGUGCCACCUGUACUAUAACUGGCCGGGCGUAAUCCGGAUCCCAGCCCCUUGCCAGUAUGCUCACAAGCUGACCUUUCUGGUGGCGCAAAGCAUUCACAAAGAACCAAGCUUGGAACUGGCCCAUUCCCUCUUCUACCUGUGAGGGGAGGGACCAUUGGUUUCCUGGGAAGAAGACUCCGAGGACCAGUGGGCGUGGUUUGUGCAAAUUUGCCAGAAGCUCGAGGCUGUGCCUGGGCAGGGUUUGAGUUUUGUUCUGAUUUCUGAGAGCACCACUACCCACACAGCUCCACACAAAGCAGAUCCGAAAAGAGGAUAGUACUUUGUUUUGAAGACUUGGGUAUGUGAUGUACGUUCUCAGUGUGG